CUGGCCCCACUCUGGCCCCGCCCCGGAAGCGUUUCCAGGUGACAGCGGCCGCGGGUGGGCAGCGGCGGGUAGGGCGCGGCGAUGGAGCACAUCCGCACCACCAAGGUAGAACAAGUGAAAUUACUAGAUAGGUUCAGCACAAGCAAUAAGUCACUGACGGGAACUCUGUACCUUACAGCAACUCAUCUGUUAUUCAUAGACUCAAGCCAGAGAGAAACGUGGAUACUACAUCAUCACAUUGCUGCAGUGGAAAAACUUCCCUUGACUACUUCUGGCUGCCCCCUUGUCAUCCAGUGCAAGAACUUCAGGAUAGUUCACUUUGUUGUUCCCAGAGAGAGAGAUUGUCAUGAUAUUUAUAACUCUCUGCUUCAGCUGUCAAGAACAGCAAAAUAUGAAGAACUAUAUGCCUUCUCCUAUAAUCCAAAACAGAAUGAGUCUGAGCAAGUCAAAGGUUGGCAGCUUAUUGAUCUAGCAGAAGAAUAUAAGAGAAUGGGAGUGCCAAAUGCUAACUGGCAGUUGUCCGAUGCAAAUCGUGAUUAUAAGAUUUGUGAAACCUAUCCUAGAGAACUUUAUGUUCCCAGAACUGCAAGCAAGCCCAUAAUUGUUGGUAGCUCCAAGUUCAGAAGCAAAGGAAGAUUCCCAGUUUUGUCAUAUUAUCAUAAAAAUAAAGAGGCUGCAAUUUGUAGAUGCAGUCAACCUCUUUCAGGUUUCAGUGCCAGGUGCCUGGAAGAUGAGCACAUGUUGCAAGCCAUCAGUAAAGCAAAUCCUUCAAAUCGCUACAUGUAUGUCAUGGACACCAGGCCUAAGCUUAACGCAAUGGCAAACAGGGCUGCUGGGAAGGGCUAUGAAAAUGAAGACAACUACUCUAACAUUAGGUUCCAGUUUGUUGGUAUUGAAAAUAUUCAUGUAAUGAGAUCCAGCUUACAGAAACUUCUGGAAGUCAGUAACACGAAGGGUUUGUCUGUCAAUGACUUUUUGUCUGGUUUGGAGAAUUCUGGAUGGUUGCGUCAUAUCAAAGCUGUUUUGGAUGCUGCUGUCUUCCUAGUCAAGGCAAUAGCGGUUGAGGGUGCGAGCGUGUUGGUGCACUGCUCAGAUGGCUGGGAUAGGACUUCCCAAGUUUGUUCUCUUGGAGCACUCUUACUCGAUUCCUAUUACAGAACAACCAAAGGAUUCAUGGUCUUGAUAGAGAAAGACUGGAUCUCUUUUGGGCACAAGUUCUCUGACAGGUGCUCUCAGCUGGAUGGUGACCCAAAAGAGAUCUCGCCAGUGUUCACCCAGUUUUUAGAAAGUGUGUGGAAUCUGACUGAGCAGUUUCCACAAGCCUUUGAGUUCAACGAAGCAUUCCUCCUUCAGAUCCAUGAACACGUCCAUUCGUGCCAGUUUGGUAACUUUCUUGGAAACUGCCAAAAAGAGCGAGAAGAGCUAAAGUUAAAAGAGAAGACAUAUUCCUUGUGGCCGUUCCUUAUGGAUGAACAAAAGAAAUAUCGGAAUCCUCUAUAUAAUCCAUAUUUUUCUCCAGAACUAACUCUUUUGGAGCCUAACACAGUAUCAUUCAAUUUUAAGUUUUGGAGAAAUAUGUACCAUCAAUUUGAUCGAAGUAUGCAUCCCAGGCAAUCUGUGUUCAAUCUUGUAAUGAACAUGAGCGAACAAAAUAAACAACUGGAAGAAGACAUCAAAGAACUGGAAGCUAAAAUAAAGCAGAGAAAUGGGCAAUCAGAUUCAGUCCUUGUGAAGGAACAUCAGCAGUCUGUUCACCCUGCACCCACGGCACUGAAAACACCUCCAUGCUUCAAGAAGGAGCAGCCACUGAUCCCUGUGAAUGAUGUUGUAAGAACUAUAGAGGGCAGCAGCACAGCAGACAAUCGCUACAGUGAGUUCGUGGAAGAGUUCUCGAAAGCUGAGCCUGCUGUUGUCACUUUGGAGUAUGGAGUUGCCAGGAUGACCUGUUAAUUUAAUUCUGGCACUGCACUUCUCUUCUAGACUGAUUGAAUGAAGAAAUGGAUUAUUUUGAUGAUGGGCCUGUGCUGCAUGACCAAAACACGAUUUGUAUAUUGGCAAGUUUUGUUAACAUAGGCUAGAACAGCAUGCUAGUUGUCAAGUGUUUGCUGUUCUUUUAAGGAAAAAAAAAAAAAAAGUCUUUUAAAAGAAAUAAGAACAGAAACAGGGGCAUUUGGUAAAAUCAAGGCAUGGUAUGUCUUUGGACUUAACAUCAGUUUGCACUAAAUUGAUUAAAAUAGUAAUGUUAGUUUAUUCAGUAUAGGAAAACACAGGUGGUCUUUCACGAAUUGAUUUUGUUUGAGCAAGGAAACUUGAAUUUUAGGAACUGAAGCUAAGCUACAUGUAUAUAUAUUGCAUAUGAUAGGAAUGUGUAUACCAUUGUUUAAUGUCACCCAAUACUAACUUUCAGUGUAUUAAGUGCCAUGGAAAAGUAUGAUGUAUUUCAGUUCAUAAAUAAUUGGCCUUAAACCUGUCAGAUCAAUUAUACUGUUGUCUCUUACUAAUGGAGUCUACAUGGCUCUGUUUACAUUGUAUUUGCUCAAAUUGUUAUUUCCUUUAAAUAGGACUGAAUAUAAGGAAUGAAGCAUGCCAAAGCUGGCACAGCCUUUCAGCAAAUAGCUAUACGAAUGUUAACUUAUUACUGAAGACUGUUCUUUCUUCCAUUUCCUCUGUGGUUUAAAAUGUUAUAGGUUGGCCCGUUUUUCCUCUCUGGCAGCUCUGUAGAUUGAAUAUCACUGAAGCUACAGGUUGACCUUAAAAUUUUUGAUUUGUGGCAAGGUGUUUGUUUAGGGCAAAACAUGUAAUAUAAGAAAACAAAACUUACUAGUCAGGUUCAUUGAGAUUGUUUACUAUGUGCUGUGCAGUUGUUCAAGUUGCAGGAAUGGAAGCAGAAGUUUAGGAAGUGUAGUCUACUGACAUUGUUCCCAUGUAAGAAGGUCAUUCAGGUGUCCAAAGCUCAUAAGAAAUUGAGUGCCUCCUAAACCUUUCAUUAGAAGAUAAUUUCAAUUAUUAGUGAAACCCCCUUCUCAUCUUCUAAAAACUUAUCCUACCUGUGCAUCUUAAGUAGUAUCAGUACAAUCUGGAGAUUUUUAUGUAAUUGGAGAGAGGACAAAAGCUUCUAGCAGGAUGCAGUAGAGGUCAUGGGACAUAAGGAAAAAAGUUUCUAAGCUUAGUUAUGCAUCUAAUGUUCUAGUAAGGGAGGUUUUUGCUGGAGUUUGUCUCAUCAUGAACUUUCUGAGCAGAUGACAAAGAAAAAUACCAGUGCCCAGUUCUUAAAUAGACAUAUAAAUAUUAACUUUGGCUAUUAAGAUCUCUGUAUAUGGUGUUAGAUUAAUGCUACUGACCUUUUAUCUGUGAAUUUAAAUCAUUUUUGGUUACAAGAGAAAAUUAGUUUUCUCUCGUCCUAACCCCUGAAGUCUGUUUUGUUAAAGUUACUGGUGUGCCACACACAAUUUGAAAUAAUUGGCAACAUUUCCCUUUGCACCAUAUUGGAUCCAGGACUCGAUUAACAGGGCCAGUACAGGUCACAAUCAAAUUACACUUAUGAAGCUGUCUGGGAGAAAUCAACUGUGACUCUUGUGUUUGAAUAUUAAUUCACCCAUUUCACUAGCUUGCUUUUUAAAAGCUUAUAAGUGUAAAUAAAGGUUAGGAAGUAUUUUUAUUCCUGAAGACAUGAGCAUAGUGUCAUCUUUAAAAUACCAGUCAUCUUUAAAUUAUCCAGUCAUUUAAACACAUUUAGAAUCUCUCCACUACAGGUGUUGAUCAUUUUAUGUUUGCACAGUGGUGCCUUAAUGGGUUGCAGCAAGAGAGGUUUUUGUGCCUUGUUAUUUACUGCCUCCCCUUCUCCCUCGCCUUCUGUACCAACUUGGUCCUGUGGUUUUCCUUAUGAAAAACAUCUUAUAUACAAGCUUGUAUCAUAUCACAGUAGUGAAACAUUUAUUGCUGAGAAUAUGGGUAAGUGUUAUCAAUUUGUACUUGUUUGUUUUAAUAUUUGGCUGCUCUGGUGUGCCAUGUACACUUUUCAUAUUUAUUGUUUAGAGUUUACAGAAUCAAAAGAUUAUAUUAAGCUUUUUUGCACAUAUUGUUGUAUUUUGUUUUUACUUUUAACAGCCAUCUGAUGAAUACCCCUGUAUAAAAUACCCUUGUAAAAGCUUUUGAAGAGGAGAGCUGUUCCCUUUCAGUGCUGUUAAAGUGAGUUUAUAUCAGUCUUCAGGCUCUUUCUAUUGGCAGAGUUCAGUCCUUAGUGAAAGGAAUUGGGAUGUCUUUUUAUUUUACAUCAAGGUAGAGUGUUAAUUCUGCUUUAAAGUGACAUAAAACUAUCCACCCAGGCACAGAAUCUGUUUCUUCAUGAAAAAGUACUUAGUGAUCUGAAGUAACUAUUUUACUCCAGUUAAUAUGUGAAUAGUUUUAUAAGGCUAUUUUGUAGAGCAGCCUUCUUAUGAAGUCCAGAUAGCUCUGCCAACUCAGCCCCCAGGGUCACCAGUGAGAAAAGUUCCUGCAGAGAGGCAGCUGUCUCUUCUCAUUUGCUGUUUAGGCUUAAGCCAAUACUACGUAAAGCACAUGGGACAUGUGGUGAAGUAAAUAGGUGGUAGUGAAGUGAGCUCCAACAGAAACCUUGGCAGGGUGGCCAGGACUUAGCGCAGUGGGGCUCUUCCGUGUCCUUCAAGAAUGGUUUAAAAACAUCAAGUUGACUGAAAAAAAUGUGGCAGAAAACGUCUGGGGGCAGAAGGAAUUUUUUAAUUCUUAUUUCAAUGGAUGAGCUUUUCUUCGUCACAAACAUACUGCCUCAAAAGCAGUUAACAAUACUGAAAGGUGCCCAUUAUAGAGCAAAAUAACGCACAGAACUCUCACGCUGCAGCACUAACAUGUAGCUGGUACACUCACC